AUGCCCCGUGCAGAUUCUCUCAGAGUUCCAGGUCAGCAUGGGCGGCCUUCUCUACUCAAUACCAUUCUCACAGGCAAGGUUCAGUCUCUUCCGAAAGAACUUUCCAAGGGCCAUGAAUGGCGGCCGAUGCGAAUCGUCGGCAAAGGCGCCUAUGGUUCGGUCAUUCUAUGGGAAAAGGUCUUCGCUGACGGAAGAAUAAUACGACUCGCUUCGAAAGAUUCGCAGUGUUUAUCAUUCUUCCGCGACUAUUGUUCAGAGGGUCAUCUCACAAGACGGCUCAAUGAUGUAGGGUGCAGAAAUGUCAUCAGCGUAGUCGAAUGGAUGCACAUUGACAAGACGGUCAACUCGACCUUCGAUCGCGUCGUACAUGACGAGAAACCCAAGAACAGAAUCUGCUACGAAUUCGCCCGCUAUUCUGACUUGCAACGUCUGGAAAGUUGGUACAAAUCGCAGAAGCUCAUCCUCCCGGAAGCGUUCAUAUGGCACGUUCUCUACAGCGUUGCUAAUGCGCUCUGCUACUGCCGGCACGGAGCCAAUACAUACCCGCUCAAAGCAGGCUGGGACGCAAUUGUGCAUGGAGAUAUCAAACAAGCCAACCUUUUUCUCACAAAGCCCGACGAUUCUAUCAACGCUCUCUAUCCGUGUAUUAAGCUUGCCGAUUUUGGGCUGGCCUAUACGACGGGAGGUUCAGUGGCAGCUGUACAACAUUACAGGAGUCGACUGAACUAUGGCACAGAUGGCUACAUAGCGCCAGAGAUCGAAGAUCACACUCCAGAGUCUACAGGUCGGCGAAGAAUGCCAAGAGAACUCCACGGUCCACACUCCGACGUCUAUUCUCUAGGAAUGACAUGCAAGCAUCUUCUAAGCCUAGUCCAAUUAUAUAAACCCCCCACAGCCGGCCAUGUCAGAUCAAGCUCUAACUCUACCCUUGCCGGGCUAUCAGAAAACCUCGAAUCAUUCUACAGCCUCGAACUACGCACCCUUCUCGAUCUCUGCGUAGCCCACGACCCACGUGACCGACCAAAAACAUCCCGUCUCUACAUGGAAGCCAAAGCCCAAAUGGAGCGGCACCAAGAGAUCGCCCGUAACGAAGCAAUGGCCGCAAGGCGCGGCGAGAGCCAGUUCAAGCUAUUCCACAGCGGCAUCCUCUACACGCAGGAAGACCAGGUGCGGUAUGAGACGGAUUCGACAUUUCGGCAACACUACGAGCGAGCGAACCUAGAGCGAUUGCGGGCACUGAUUGACGAACAACAGCUCUCGAAGACGCAGCAUGAAGCGGCUUCUGCUAAGACACGGCCUAUUUUUGACAGAAGCAGUAGUGAUAAAGGCAAGGAGAAGUCGGGCAAAGAGCGCGAGAUAUUUACACUGCCUUUCAUGAAACGAUUGAAGUAA